GGCGAGCCGCGUCCCCGCGAUCCAGCCCGCGGUGGCCGGGCGGCUGCGACCCCUUGGCGCGCUCCGACCCCGUUGCGCAGUGGACGCCCCGGCUGCGGCGCUUCUCCCGCCGCCCGCAUGGACGGGACACUGAAGCGGAGCCGCCCAGAGGAGCCGGCCGAGCUCCCGCCGCCUGCCCGGGACGGGAAGCAGGGGGAAGAGGAAGACCCGGGCAUGGAACCGGGGCUGGAGGAGGAAGAAGAGGUGGACCCCCGGAUCCAGGGUGAACUGGAGAAGUUAAAUCAGUCCACAGAUGACAUCAACAGACGGGAGACUGAACUGGAGGAUGCCCGUCAGAAGUUCCGCUCUGUUCUGGUGGAGGCCACAGUGAAACUGGAUGAGUUGGUGAAGAAAAUCGGCAAAGCCGUGGAGGACUCCAAGCCCUACUGGGAGGCACGGAAGGUGGCGAGGCAGGCUCAGCUGGAGGCUCAGAAAGCCACACAGGACUUCCAGAGGGCCACUGAGGUUCUCCGUGCUGCCAAGGAAACCAUCUCCCUGGCCGAGCAGCGGCUGUUGGAGGAUGACAAGCGGCAGUUCGACUCUGCCUGGCAGGAGAUGCUGAAUCACGCCACCCAGAGGGUCAUGGAGGCAGAACAGACCAAGACAAGAAGUGAGCUGGUGCACAAGGAGACUGCAGCCAGGUACAAUGCUGCCAUAGGCCGCAUGAGGCAACUGGAGAAGAAACUCAAGCGAGCCAUUAACAAGUCCAAGCCUUAUUUUGAACUCAAGGGAAAAUACUAUGUGCAGCUUGAGCAACUGAAGAAGACAGUGGAUGACCUACAGGCCAAGCUGACCCUGGCGAAGGGCGAGUACAAGACAGCCCUGAAGAACCUGGAGAGGAUCUCAGAUGAGAUCCAUGAACGACGGCGUUCUAGUGCCAUGGGGCCUCGGGGCUGUGGUGUGGGUGCUGAGGGCAGCAGCAUGUCUGUGGAGAGCCUGUCAGGAAGCAAGCCCGAACCAGAUGCUGUUUCUGUGGCCUCAGAGGCCUUUGAAGACGACAACUGUAGCAACUUCGUGUCCGAAGAUGACUCAGAAACCCAGUCUGUGUCCAGCUUUAGUUCAGGACCAACGAGCCCAUCUGAAAUGCCUGACCAGUUCCCUGCAGUCACAAGGCCUGGCAGUCUGGAUCUGCCCAGCCCCAUGUCCUUGUCAGAGUUUGGGAUGAUGUUCCCAGUGUUGGGCCCUCGAAGUGAAUGCAGUGGGGCCUCUUCCCCUGAAUGCGAAAUAGAACGAGGAGACAGGGCAGAAGGAGCAGAGAAUCAAACAAGUGACAAAGCCAACAACAACAGAGGUGGCAACAAUAGCAGUGGUGUUGGUGGCAGGGGUAAAAGCCAAAGCCGCACGUCUUCUGAGAGCCAGGCUUUGGAGACCCGAAUGAAGCAGCUCUCCCUCCAGUGCUCCAAGGGAAGAGAUGGGAUUAUUGCUGACAUAAAAAUGGUGCAGAUUGGCUGAUCCAUCCAGGGCCACCCCCCAUGUACAAAUCAGUAUUUAUACACGAAACUCAAGAACAUUGUGCCAAUUAUCAUUUAACAUGCCAAAUCUUAAGCAUUUAAACUGCACUAACCAAGUUUCGGUGACUUGAGGGCUGAAGAAUUCCCCUCUUGGGCUAGUAUGUUUUUCCGAGCUACAUCACUGCAGGCUGACUGUGACCAGGUUCACAGCCUUUGUGGACCAUUCAUUCCCUGUAAUAGUGUUGUGGAAGCAAUAAUGAGUUCCUGUGAAAGAACCCAAGCUAGGAGGAAGGUUGGAAGCUUAGCCAAACUGGGGGCCACAGCCUGCGGCUUUCUCUUUUUUCACACUUAGUUUGGGGAAUAAGAGAUGUUUUCUCCAUUAUAUCCCAAGAUAUCUAAAUAUUCAAAACAAAAAUAAAACUCAAGUAUCCAGUGCAUUAUCUUCCUGACAUAAAGGUUAAAAGAAAUGCAAGAACACACUUCAUUUUCCUCACCUCUGGUGUUCAGAGGGGGCUUUUUAAAAAAGCAUGUAGGUUGGGAUACCCAUUAAAACCAUUUCCUAGGAAGGCUACCAUGAAACUGCACUUUUGGGGAUGGGAAAGGUGAUGCCAGUGUGGGGAUGGGGGAGGGAGGGCUGAGGGUAGCAGAGACAUAGCAUAGAAGGGAUCCAUGGCUGUGGGAGAGAAGGCUGUCUAGCCUAACCUUACCCUGCCAGCCAAAGGGAACUGACUUAUCCCUAAGACAUGUGCAUGUGAAGCAGUGACCAUUGUCAUAUCUACACUGACAAGGUGGUGAUUUCUCUGUAGGCUCAACUUUUCAAAUAAUGAAAUUAUUUAAGGGUUAUGCUGCACCUAGUAUUUCUUAGAGCCAAUUUUCCUUAAAGCUAGGAAAGAGAGUAGGCAUGUGUUGGCAAAGGCUGUUUAAAUAGAAGCAGUGGUGUCUGUUAUGCUAAUAGUAUUAAGUGUUCAGACUGCUUUUCUUUAAUGUUUUUAUGGUUAUGCAUAUUUAAAGCACUGUAUUUUGUCUUAAGAAAAUUUGGCAUUUCUAAAAGAAAAACAACCUCAUUUCAAGUUGUCUGUUGACUGUCACAGCUUAUGUAUUUUAGCCAUUUGUACAUCUCUUCAUACUGUAAUGGUUCUUUUUUAUUAACUGAUACAGUAUUCUAAUUACAAGGUUAUUUUGUACUUAGUAUCUUGAGUGUAAUAAAAAUGCUUAAGAAAAC